AUGUAUAAGUGCGAGCACGAUGAGUGUAACAAGAUGUACAACAAGGUCUCUCAUCUUAAAGCUCACGUCAGGACUCAUACCGGUGAGAAACCGUACAUUUGCGCCUGGGAAGGUUGUAGUUGGAGAUUCGCUAGGUCUGAUGAACUCACCAGACAUAUGAGGAAACAUACAGGGGACAAGCCAUUUAAAUGUCCAGUUUGUACGAGGUCAUUUUCCAGGUCAGAUCAUCUCAGACUGCAUCUCAAACGACAUCAAAGUCCAGAAUGUAUGAAGGAACGAACGACUGAAUGA